AAAGAGUCACUGAGAUACUUCAUGUCCUGUUAUACAUCCGUGCUCGUGCGUGUGUGUGUCAUAUUUGUAAGUGGUCUUUAUCAGUGGCGGCCAGCUGGUAGUCACACACACACUCGGGCCCCUCAGAGAAAAGAAACACACGUCUUCUCCUAAAGACACGCUGCACUGAAGUGAUUGGUAAACAUGAAGGAGCUUCUGUUGCUGUGUCUGCUCCCCUUGUUUGGAGCUCAAAGGUCAUCAGCAUGCCCCCACCUUUGCUCCUGUCAUGGCAGUCAGGUGGACUGCAGCAGCAGGUCUCUCACCUCCUCCUCGCUGCCCACCAGUUUCCCUGCAGGAACCACCGCCCUCCUUCUCCACAACAACCGGCUGACGAGCCUCCCCAAUGGGCUCCUGGAUGACUUGACCUCUCUCCGCUCUGUCUCCCUUCAUGGUAACCACUGGGAUUGUGACUGUGGCAUCCUCUACCUGCGAGCCUGGCUACUACGUCAGCCAACCACUGUCACAUCCCACCUGGGUGUCAACUGCAGCUUUCCUCCUGACCUGAGAGGGCGGCUGGUGGUGUAUUUAACAGAGAAGGAGGUCCUUGAUACCUGCCAUUACUGGUACUGUGACUUGGCUCUGGCCUCGCAGGUGUGUCUGUUUGUGUUUGUUGCGGUGCAGGCAGCUCUGCUGGUGGCUCUCAUCGUAUUCCUGAGGAGGUUUGAGAGGCUGUCCAAAGAGGCCAGGAGAACCACAGAGGAGAGCUUCACAGCAGGGGAGAGUGUGAGGGAGAAUGAAUACACUCAUUUGAAGGAAAGCAGCAUCUGAGAUGGAGCUGUAAUGCUUUGCCUCUCACAUGCUUUUAUGUUUCAGACUAUACCAUAAAUGUUAAUUGUAAUGCACAAUCAGGUAAACUUUUUAAGGAAAACCCUGAAUAAAUGAGUAGAGAAAGAACAAAUGCAGAUGCUUACAAACAGGGAACCAAUGGAAAGGGUUGAGAAGUAUGUAAACAAUAAUGUGUCAAAUGGUACAAACUGAGCACCUAUGGGAGAUUUGUAAUGGUCACCUCACUAAGACUGUUAAUGUUUUUUUUUUCUUUUUAUUUGUCAGCCAUUUAUUUAACACAUAGAAUAAAUCAAAUGAAAAUAUAGAUAAAACGUAACUAGAGCAUGUCCUAUAUUGGACUUUUGAAACUGAUGCAAAUGUAGUUAUUUGAGAGUAAAAUUUCCAGUAACAAUACGCUGAAUGAUAUUAAUUGUAAUAACAUUACCACUUUUGAUAAAAAAUCAGUUCAAUGUGGUUAUAAAACAAAUGUGACCCAAAAUAUGUACUGAGCUAUUG